UAGUAGCCAUUGCGUGUUUAUGCUGUUUUGUGGACGAAAGAAGCGAGACUGAGCAAUUUUUAGACCGCUUAAAACCAGUAACUGUCUUACGAUUUCGACUUGUUUUAACAAACACUCGGUGUAUUUUAGUGAGUAGAGACUCGUAAUACAAUCAGUUGUAGUGAAUUUACCACAACUAAAAACGUUAGCAAACCCGUUGUGUGCACCUCCCUGCAUUCCAGACGAUCGCAUUUGUGGGGAUUAACCUUAGUUUUUGAAUCGCUAGCUAAAGUGUUAUUUGCGCACCGUAACGUUACCAUUGUUUUUACCGAUAAGGCAUUCUUUUCAAGAAACGUGUUCCAAUUUAGAUGGCAAGCUUCCCAGAUUUUGUAAACGAAAAUGAAAUAGGAAAGGCUAAGUUUGUUGGGGAACUCUUAGCUCCGGUUGCACCCUUUGACCAGAAGUCGGGCCGGGAGACCUGGACUGUUGCUUUUGCGCCUGAUGGUUCCUACUUCGCUUGGUCUCAAGGACAUCGCAUUGUGAGGCUCCUACCCUGGUCAAAAUGCUUAGCCGAUCUGUCUGUGAGGAAGGACGAGCGCUCGACUGGAGUGGGACGCCUAUCGCGGCAGAACAGCAUCGGCACGGUCACCCCGUUGUCCGGUGAGCCGCGAGAACACACCAUUGACUGCGGCGAUGUGGUGUGGGGGCUUGCGUUCGGCUCGUCCGUGCCUGAGAAGCAGAGCCGCUGUGUCAACAUUGAGUGGCACCGCUUCAAGUUUGGCCAGGACCAGCUGCUCUUGGCCACUGGCCUCAAUAAUGGCCGCAUCAAGAUCUGGGAUGUCUACACAGGAAAGCUUUUGCUUAACCUGAUGGACCACACAGACAUUGUGCGAGACCUGACAUUUGCCCCUGACGGUAGCCUCGUUCUGGUGUCAGCAUCCAGAGAUAAAACGCUACGUGUGUGGGACCUGAAAGAUGAUGGCAACAUGGUGAAAGUGCUGCGGGGCCAUCAGAAUUGGGUGUACUGCAGCGCCUUCUCUCCUGACUCCUCAGUGCUGUGCUCAGUGGGGGCGGGCAAAGCGGUGUGCCUGUGGAACAUGGACAAGUACACACUAAUCCGGAAGCUGGAGGGCCACCACAAUGAUGUGGUGUCAUGCGAGUUCUCGCCGGACGGAGCCCUGCUGGCCACAGCCUCUUACGACACCCGCGUCAUCCUGUGGGACCCUCACAUGGGCACCGUGCUGCUGGAACUGGGGCACCUCUUCCCUCCCCCGUCGCCUAUCUUUGCUGGGGGGGCCAAUGAUCGCUGGGUGCGCUCGGUGGCCUUCUGUCACGAUGGCCGUCACGUCGCCACAAUCACUGACGAUCGGCUGGUGCGUUUCUGGAACAUUGAGGAGAAGUCCCCUCAGGCCAUCGCACCUGUGGCCAACGGCCUCUGCUGUGCCUUCUCCACUGGAGGGAGUGUUUUAGCUGCGGGGUCUCGUGAUGGCAGUGUGCACUUCUUGGCGUGCCCGCGCUCUAUCGCCAGUCUCCAGCACCUGUGCCGCAUGGCUCUGCGCCGGGUCAUGCCCACUCAGCAAGUGCACACGCUGCCCAUCCCCGUGUGCAUGCAGGACUACCUGGCCUACAAGACCAUCUAGCUGCACCCUGUGCCAAUCACUCACUGUACAACAAGGACUUUCUCUUCUUUUGUAAAAAACAACAACAAAACAAAAAACAAAAAAAAACAACCAAAAACAGACAUAGUUGUAGAAAAGAAGCAAAACAAAAAAAACUUUUUUAUGCAGACCUCAUGAUAUGUGAAGUACAGCGACGUACUUAGACACAUGGGGUUAUUCUUGCUCUUUUAUUGGUUUGUUUUUGUAUUUAUUUAUAUUUUUUGUAAGUAUUGCUUUCUAGUGUUUAUUUUCUUCUCAUCGGUCUUCUUUCUAAUUGAAUGUCAAAUUAUAUAUAUUUUUCUUUAUCUGUUUUUCCUUUGGAAAGAGAACAUUUUGUGUUGGCUGCUCAUGCAGUGGCAUUGGUAGAAGGCCUUAGCGAAUACAUCACCAAUAUCACCUCUGCAUCUCCCUUAGAUGCUAACGAGUGUGUUCAGGUCCAGUGCAAUUUUCCUUCAGCACCACUAUAACCUAAUGCAACUGUCCAAACACGACGUCUUGUAUGAUCUUGUAGAGAGUAGUAGACUUAUGAAUGCUAAAUACUUCAUGACUUGAAAGCAGUGCUUCCUCUGCCUUGACUUUUCUCUAAGGAAGGAAAACUGCACCUUACUGAGGACUGAGUGCACGAGAGUGAGUGAUCGGUCGCUGGAGAUGAGGGAGGUGUCGAGCAGCCAGUUGUUUUGGUUGACUUGACUGAAAGGCUAUGAAGGGAAGCAAGGAUGUAUCUUGGGAUGUGAGGUGUGCGUGAGUGAGUGUGCUUGCAUGAUGGGAGACCUUCUCCGGCAGUGGAGUGCGGGCUGUGGUCAGGGAGAGGGACUGUACUGCCCUGUGUGCCUCCUGAGUUGCUCCCUGUUCUUUGCACUGCCCAAUUGUAGCGCUUGUGUAACUUCACACGCAUGUGGGCAUAUAGAAACCUAACACGUACAGACAUACAUAUGUGUGUGUAUGUAUAUAUAUGUGUAUAUGUCCUUAAUUGUUCUGAAAUAAGAACUCAUGGGCCUGCUUGUUUUCUAUUGCUUAUUUGUAUAUUUUCAUCUGUACAAAAAUGUUAAGUUUGUGUAUUUGUAUAUGUGUCAUAUGGCUCAAAGACAGUUUUUUUUUCCUUAUCACCAAUCAAUCCGUUAAUUUGUUUGAAUAAAUAUUCUAACAAUGACCAUGUCCUGAAGAUUAACAUCUCUGUAAUGUGAAAAGACAUGUACAUGAAUGAUGACAAUGUCUUAAAUGAACGAGUGAACAGAGCGUGCUAGCAAUCUAUUGCGCUCCCAUUCUAGCAAACUGAAAGAUGGUAGAGAAAUUGCUGUGUUUGUCUGUAUGUAUCUAUGUAUCUAUGUGUGUGUAUGUAUGUAUGAAUGAAUGAUUGAAUGAAUGCUUAUGUGAAGAUUGAACUUGGAGGCUUCAUCUAUUGAUGUAACAUCUUUACAGUACAUUCCCACGGAAAUAACUCAAGCCGCUGUGCCAAUUGAUGCUACAUAACUGUUUUUCUUUUUGGAAAUGUUACUUUUUUGUUUUUUUUGUCCACCUCCCGCAAUUGUUUGUCAGAGUUCUAGUGGGAUGGUUCUGUUACCAUGGAGACUGGUGUGUGCAUUUCAUUUCUGUAAUACUUGGUGUUACUUCUGAAGCCUCAGAAGUCUGGGACGCGGUCUUCUCUGGGGGUUGAGGUGGCAGGCUAGUGGGAGAACCUGCUUGUAGACAUGAUUGAAGAUGAACGAUAAUGUGAUGCUGAAUUGCAAAAAUCAGAGCGUACGAUUUCAGGACAAAUUGUUUUUGUGUAUUAUGUGUGUUUGGUCAUGUUUGUUUAGCUCCUCUUUCUGUAGGCAUCUGUUUCUACUCUGUAAGGAUGGUAGUAACCAUCAUGGCAAUAAUGUUUGCUUGGUUUUCUUUUGUUUGUUUGUCUGUUUGUUUGUUUUUUGACCAUCUUGUGCUGAUGCCCAAAGAUCCUUAAGAGAUAUGUAAGUUAGAAAGUGGCAGUCAGGGAUGGUUGGAGGUCUGUAUUCGAGUAAAACUUGAACAUUGUUUUUGUUAUGUGUUUUCUUCUUUGCCUGUCUGAAAUGCUUUUCUCUCAGUUGAAGCCAAACCAUUAAUCUGCAGCAGAUUUUCUAAUUCUGCUUCAUCUCAACAAAGUAUUAAAUACAGUAUUCAUACAACACGCUUUGAUGACAGUGGAAGAAAUGAAUGUAUCUCCAUUUUCUUCAGUGUAUUCAAUCAUAUGUGGGUUUCAAUAAAGUCUCAUUCCUCUAUCAA